CUAGGUGGCAGUAUUUCUAGCUAUGUGACAAAAAAUCCAGGUCUAGCUGGAUCAUCAUUACAGUCAUGCAUAGACAGUACUGCAAAGAAACUAGUCCCUUCCUUCCAACAGAGUGAAACACCUAUCUAUCUUGGAGCUACUGCAGGCAUGAGGCUGGUUGAAGAAAGAAACAAAGAUGCAUCAAGAAAGAUAAUGGAAUCUGUCAGACAGACCCUUCGUAGUUCACCGUUUCGAUUUACAGAUGAUAAUGCGAGGAUAAUUAGUGGAGACGAAGAGGGUGUGUCAUCUUGGGUGACGGUCAACUAUGCUAUGGGAAAGUUGAUUUACAGAGAGGCACUAGUACAAAAUCAAACUAUUGACGACCCGUGUGGACAAAUAGGCCUCUCACAGACGAGGUCAAUCAAAUACCUGACCCAACCCCCCUGCGUGAAAAUGCGCUUGAUUCCAGGAGUCAGUGCUGUGACAUUCAACGGUAYAUCUAACUUGACGCAGUGUAUAAAACAAGUACAGAAGCUGUUUAACUUCACUCAAUGUUCUUCAAAAGAACGAUGCUCAUUUAAUGGUGUUUAUCAACCAUCUACUGAAGGAAUUCCAUAUAUGGCUUUUUCUAGUUUUUAUUACGUGAUUAGCGACCUGAACUUAACAGCAACCGAAAAGGCUAAUAUUAGUCUUGGGAGGUUCAAGGAAGCAGCUGACGAAAUAUGCAGUCAGACCUUGGCACAGGUUACUCACGGAGCAUCUCCGUCUAAAAUAGCUGUACUGAGGGCAACAUGUUUUGAUGCACAAUAUAUUUACACAUUAUUAAGCAAGGGGUAUCACAUCCAAGACAACUCUACUCAGGUCAAGUUUCAGAACAUGGUAAAUAAACGUUCCCUUGGUUGGGCCUUGGGGUUCAUGAUCAACGCCACGAACCUGAUACCCAAUGAGGAGCCCGAGUACCGAGUCAAAUCCGAGGCGUUUUUAGCUGUAGUCCUUGUUGGCGCUGUUCUGAUCGGCCUUGGAAUUCUCCUUCUCAUAAUGACAACACGAAGGGUUAUCGAUCGAAAACGACUGACGACCGGAGGUUUGGCGAUUUAGAAAUCCAUUUUUUACCAUUAUAUCGUGUUUCAAUCUGAUUGGCUAGAACAGGGAUAGAGAAAAUACAAGACUUUACGAGAAGAUUCAAUGGUGGCAGAGACAAGUCUAAAAAUGAGCAUUUCUUCAUUUCAUAGGAAAGGGAGUGUCGAUAGAGGUCUUCUCCGUGGGCGUAAUGUUUUCUCAUUUCAGACCACGUCUUAUUCUCUUGAAUAUCAUUUCUUUGUUUAACGGCUGCGCAUAAGACACAUGCAUGAAUACGAAUACGACUCAAACAAAUUUUGGAAUAUUAUUUUCAAGGGAAUGACAUUGGGCUGAAUUGGGAGAACACUUCGCCCAAGCCGAAGUGGCUAUUUAAUAAAUUUAACUGUCUCAUAAACAAGUAGACUGACUGUGUGAGAAGGUGUGACAACUCCCAGUGAAAGGUCAACACAACAUUGAUCAGGUAGCCGCCCAAUUCCGCUGCUACGGACAAGAAAAGUCACACAAGACAGAACACAAGAGAUGACGUGACGCCAUAUUGAAAACUAAGCGCGCAGAGGCACUAGGGGUACUAGACGAUCCUCCUCUUGCAGCAGCCAUUUAUCUUGAUACUAGCAGAACAUCACUAGUAGACCUAUAGGAUGAGAAUACAAUAUCUGAGCUCGAAGUUCGCAGUGACGUCACUUAAUUUCUUUGAAUUUUAAAAAAAUUGUAAACCAUUUAUAAUUAUAAUUUUAAAACUAGUGGGGGGAGGGGGAGGGGGCUGUAGAGCCUUUAGAAUUUACUAAAGAAAACGAUUAUUGGAAUCGAUGUGUUUUCAAAAACUCAGAGAAAUUUAGUCAUAUAGCUUAAAGAGUUAUAAGUCAAUAAAAAUGUUGGGAAUGUUAAGAGAAUAAGUAUGAUCCACACUGCAUAGCCUCGGUGUGAAAAUAUGAAAAUCAAUGUUGGUUGGUCCUAGAUAUCAGUUAGUUUAGACACAAACUCAAUAGGUUAUUAAUAAAGAAUUUAAAACUAAUUGUAAAAAUAGAAUUCUUACUCAGUAAGUUUUAUAGGAUUUUAGGAAAAGACUUGACAAAACAAAAAUUUAAAAUCAUUUUGRUAUUGAGAAAUUAUUGAAAUAUUAUAAUUUUGUCAUCCAAAAUUAAAAGCUCGAUUGAAAACGUAAGAAAAUGGAUGGGAAAUAGAUGUAUAUAAAGCGAAAAUUAUUUGGAAAUAAAGAGAACAAUGAGGAAUAAACUUUCUCGG